UCGGAAAUUGGCCCUUCGGCGGGAACGGCGGCGGUGGCAGCGUUGUUUUUGAGUAGAGCUUAAGAUGACCGGCUCGAACGAGUUCAAGCUGAACCAGCCGCCCGAGGAUGGCAUCUCGUCGGUGAAGUUCAGCCCCAACACGUCCCAGUUCCUGCUCGUGUCCUCAUGGGACACGUCCGUGCGCCUCUACGAUGUGCCGGCCAACACCAUGCGGCUCAAGUACCAGCACACCGGCGCCGUCCUGGACUGCGCCUUCUACGAUCCAACUCAUGCCUGGAGUGGGGGGUUAGAUCAUCAACUGAAAAUGCAUGAUUUGAAUACUGAUCAAGACAAUCUUGUUGGGACCCAUGAUGCCCCCAUCAGAUGUGUGGAAUACUGUCCGGAAGUGAACGUGAUGGUUACUGGAAGUUGGGAUCAGACAGUUAAAUUGUGGGAUCCUCGAACACCUUGUAAUGCUGGAACUUUCUCGCAGCCUGAAAAGGUGUACACCCUCUCCGUGUCUGGCGACCGGCUGAUAGUGGGGACGGCGGGCCGCCGAGUGCUGGUGUGGGACUUGCGGAACAUGGGUUACGUGCAGCAGCGCCGGGAGUCCAGCCUCAAAUACCAGACGCGCAGCAUCCGGGCCUUUCCCAACAAGCAGGGCUAUGUGCUGAGCUCCAUUGAAGGCCGGGUGGCGGUGGAGUACUUGGACCCAAGCCCUGAGGUGCAGAAGAAGAAGUAUGCCUUCAAAUGCCACCGGCUAAAAGAAAAUAAUAUUGAGCAGAUCUACCCCGUCAAUGCCAUUUCCUUCCACAACAUCCACAAUACCUUUGCCACAGGUGGGUCUGAUGGAUUUGUAAAUAUUUGGGAUCCGUUUAACAAGAAGCGAUUGUGCCAGUUCCACCGGUACCCCACCAGCAUCGCAUCCCUUGCCUUCAGCAACGAUGGGACCACGCUGGCAAUAGCAUCAUCAUACAUGUAUGAGAUGGAUGACACGGAGCAUCCUGAAGAUGGUAUCUUCAUUCGCCAAGUGACAGAUGCAGAAACAAAACCCAAGUCUACCUAACCGUCCUGUGAAAGUGGUCUCUCUGUGGAAAGCUUGGUUUGCGUGCUACAAAGACAUGAUUACCCCCUAAGGGAUGUGGCGUAGUCCUUGGGGACACAUUGUGUAGUGUGUGGAUUUCUCUGUUUUCUGUUGUAAAAAGAAACUUGCCUGUUACCAUGUGCUACAGAAUGCUGUUUUAGGAUCAGGGGUCUUGGUAUUCUUGUGCAGGGGUCUGAAGAAUUGUUCCGUGUGUCCCUUACCUCUUGCCACCCCCACUCCCACCCCUGCCCCAAGCCCAAGGCUCUUUCUGUUCUUUUUGUCACACCAUCUGACUGGUUAUUUCUGUGCUGUCUAAUAAAUUGAGAUUCAGAACCCUUCAA